GCGAUCUCCGCCAUUCCCGGGCCAAUAUAUGUCACACGAGUAUAAUAUUUUGUUUCCCCGUCUGAUUUAGUACUAGUCACCUUCGGCAUCAAUGCAUACUGAACUCUUUAAAUUUGAGACAAGUUCAUCAUAAAGCGCGACUUUUCCAGUUUUGCUUUGCGCCGCUCUAUACUACGUUCAGCCCGCAUCGUGGGCGUCUCUGGUACCUACUACUGUUUGCAACCCUCUCGACGGUCUUCACAUGUGUUGGGAUUGCGGCGACUAUGCCUCGGACUCCGAUUUAACGGACCUGGACACAGACUCAGUGGAAGAUAGUAGUAGCCAAUGUAGCGAGCAUAGCAGCCUGUGCGAGGCGCCCAGUGAAGACAGUGCAGUUCCAGAUAGACAACCCGCGACAAAGCGUGCCAGGGCAGACAAAGGAACCGAUACGGGAACGGCACCCGCAGCAAAAGGUUCUGGCAGAAGAAAGAAAACUCCUGGCCUCAUUGUCACUGUGCCAACUGAUAUCCUUCUCGAGGCUUUCCGUAAGGUUCUGUCAUCUAACAAUGCAGUCUCAGUCUGGAAAGCUGCUCGCGUCAACCGUGGUGGUGUUCCCGAUUGCCUACCUGGCAUGUCUGAGGUGGAAUGGGCUGACCUAUUAUUUGGCAGCUCUCACUGUGAAGAAUGUGGCAAGAAGGGAAUUUGGGAGAUAGACUUUGGUAUCAGGCGCAGAGUAUGUACCCCAUGCCUCAAUGAGAACCUAAUCUGUGACCACGCCAUUCCACACGAAUUUGCUGAAUGCGAUCCAAUUAUCAUGGAUUUGAUCCCAUCCAGUAGCAUUGGCAGAGAUGAUGAUGAUCAUAACACUGACUGCAAGUAUUUUUGGUCAGCAGACGUACUGGAAAUGGCAAAACAGCUGGAGGUGUACCUCAAACCAGGUGCCGAACAAGCAUUAGAAGACUUCAAGCAAUCACGCAAGAAAUAUGCUGAUUCCGAUAUCGAUCAUAUAGCCGUCUGUAGCGCUUGGUCGGACGAGGACAGUAGCCGUCAAUUGUCGCGUGCCCGUGAGCUUCGUAGCCAAAAUACAGAGCUGUUCCAAGCUAGACUAGUCGAUCUCGGCCACGAUGCUAAAGAUGUGGAGCGCAUGUUCGAGCGUCAUCACUAUGGCGUACUUGAUGAAGAGCUUACCGAUGCACGCUGGAAGCGUUUGAUCCCAAAAGUCGAGCGUAAGCUUGCUGAAUUGCAGGAAGAAUGGCGCCUCGAGAACCAAAGAGAAGUCUCGUCUGCCCGGAAGUCUUGCCUGAUGGAUAUGUACAAGAAAUACGUGCGGCCGUUGCCACAGGCUAUCAUGCCUCCUCCUCAAGAUUUCUUGAAGCUAUGCGAUGUUUCGGAAUUCAUCGAAAGCCCACCCACUGGAGACAAAGAAGAUAUUCAACCUUGUUAUGCUUUUGCGGAAAGAUUUCCAGAGUUUUGUGCUGAAUAUAUGCAUAAAAGGAAGCUCGAGUUGACACGACUACUUGCCCUCUCCACUGAUGUCGUGCAAGAUACCACGGCACUACGAAGCCAAGGAAUCGAUGCCCCAGAUGAUAUGUUAUUGCAGCUGGCGACUUCCGUUUUCCAAUGCACUCACCCGCGCUUCUUCCCGUUGAUUACAUGGGACAAAGCGCAGUAUCACGCUCACCGAAGUUGUGCAACAUCGGCGUCGACAUCAUCUUGCACAUUUUUGAUCUCUCAGCACGGGGUUGCCGCUGCACGUUCUUUGUUAAGCUUGGUCGGUCUCGAUGCCAAAACUACGGCUGCAACUACAAUGGACGACCUCCAGUGUCGCUUUUUCUGCUCCAACUGUCCACCGAAGUCAGAGAAUGGAGGAUCCUUCCGGAUGGCGAUGAACUGGCGUCAGGGCGUCUUCCAUUACGUCAACCAACGAGGUCCAUCGCACAAAGAACCUCGUUGGGAGUUCUUGAGUGCCGAACAACUUCGAGUCAUGCAAAGUUGGCGUGCGCCUGAAUAUCCCGGAGCUACUGAGAAAGUGUGGCGUUGUAACAAGUGCGAUGUAUACCACGAAAAUCCAACUACAAAGGUCACCGUGAUUAAACAUAUGCAAUCGCAUAGAAUCACUACUACGACUGAAGGGAUUGAUUUUAGCUAUGACCAAGGCGUCGUUGAGAGACCGCCUCCAGCAAUGAAGUUCUUCAUUACCCCUCCGAGUCAGACCAAGAAGCCCUCAAACUCGGGCACGACUCGGAAGUCUAAACCUUCUACCGAGUUGAUAUAUAUCUGCCAACAUUGCAGUGGCUCAAACCGGCCCUUCAUGCUGGAAGGUGUCAAGCAGCACAUCAAAGUCAAGUAA